CAUCAAGAUGUCUAUUCUGGUCAGUCGCCUACAGUUCGCCUUUCUACGAUAGGAUUAUCGCCGGAAAAUUGUGUCAGAUGUCCUUCGUGGUUCUCCGCGGAAACCAAUAACUUCACGAGGUCACCUCGCGCGAAGUUCAGGACGGUUGGAAUAAAUCUGGACACACGUUUUGGAGCGCCAUGUACGUUGACCAUGAAAUCAUGAAACAAAAGCACUUUUGAGUCGUCCUGUAUACCAUUCGCCUAGGAGAAUUAAAGCAAACAGACCACUCAACGCAGACGUGCCUCAAUCGCGUCUCGAUCCUCGUAAAUACCAUUUAUCUCGAGGAGAACGCGGUGUGCGAACGCAACUCGUGAAGUAAAGUUGAAACUGAAAACACGAAAUUUAUCCGUGAUAAGACCCCCUACGAGCAGCUGACCGAGCAGAUUGCGAUAACCCGGUACUGCUUGGUGCUACUUGUUGCUGCCUUCUCCCCGGUUCAGUCGGCCUUGCUUUGCCUGCCACAUUGCUUAGGAUAUUAACUACGAGCAUCAUGAGUGAUAAAAGUGAGAAGAGCGAAGUGAUCAAUUUCGGCGCCGGCCCGGCUAAACUACCGCACGAGGUUCUGAAAAACGUGCAGAGAGAAUUGCUCGCAUACGGAAACACCGGGAUCAGCAUCGUCGAGUUAAGUCAUCGGUCGAAUGAUUUUAAAAAAGUGAUCGACGAUGCGCAGGCCACGCUGCGAGACAUCUUCGAUAUUCCCGACAAUUACAAGGUCCUAUUUAUGCAAGGAGGCGGCACCGGACAGUUCGCAGCAAUUCCUCUGAAUAUUAUGAACACUGGCACCGCGGAUUAUUUAGUGACUGGAUCAUGGUCGGCGAAGGCAGUGAAAGAGGCUGUCAAGUACGGAAAAGUCAAUAUGGUGUUGCCGAAAACGACCAAGUACACAGGAAUUCCGGAUCCGUCCACUUGGAACUUGGAUCCGAAUGCCUCAUACGUUUAUUAUUGCGCCAAUGAAACUGUUCACGGUAUCGAAUUUGAUUACAUUCCCGAGACAAACGGAAUACCGCUGGUCGCUGAUAUGUCAUCGAACAUUCUUACAAAACCUUUAGACAUAUCGAAGUUUGCUGUGAUUUUCGCUGGUGCUCAGAAGAAUAUUGGUCCAGCUGGUAUUACCGUAGUGAUUAUACGAGACGAUAUGCUCGGUCGUGCCAUGGAUGUAUGCCCGACAAUAUUGAAUUUUACAGUCAUGGCAAACGAAAAUUCUCUACACAACACUCCACCAGUUUUCCAGAUAUAUGUGGUGGGUAUGGUGUUCGAGUGGAUUAAGCAUCAUGGUGGAGUUGAAGGUAUGCAAAACCUCGCAAAGAAGAAAAGUAGCAAGGUGUACGGUAUGAUCGAUAAAUCUGGAGGUUUCUACAAGUGCCCCAUCAAUCCAGACGCGCGGAGUAAAAUGAACAUUCCGUUUAGAAUAAAAGAUGGCGACGAAGAGCUUGAGAAAGAAUUUCUCUCUGGAGCGCAAGCUCGUGGCAUGAUGCAAUUAAAAGGUCACAGAUCUGUGGGUGGAAUAAGAGCAUCUUUGUAUAAUGCAGUCACGGAAGAUGAAGCACAAACAUUAGCAAAUUACAUGAAAUGGUUUUACGACAAGUAUUGCAAAUAA